ACACUGCGCUGUGUGUGGUAUCCGAGCACUGGCGCAGCGGCUGAUGGAAAAAGCCUGCUUCCACUCACGUCAAAAUCAUUUAUCCAGAACAGCCCUUUACAAGAACUUGUAUACACUUGGAGAUGGACUUUUUUCGCCCACCCCCAUCAUGCGUACUUGACGAGAUGCUCAACCAGGUCACUGCCUUAACGUGCUCGCAUUCCUCUCUCCUCGGUGAAGCGACGUGCUCUCGCUUCGCACUUACUUCUCCCGACGGUCAAACGCGCCAUUACAUCGUACCACUCACUAGAAGUGCUUUUCUAUUUAAACCUCCCGUUUUCCACUGCCAGAACUCUCACCAAAACACGCCAUUAAUUACUGGAGCCCUGACAGCCUUCGCCCCGGUGUUUGGCGUGUGGCGCUGUUGAUUGAACCGUCGGACUAGGCUUGAUAAAUGGCGUUAUUGCGUGUAUUUAGGCUGUCAGAGGGGAGGUGGGGAGUCUCUCUGCUCGGACUCUGCACAGCCUCCUGCCAGACCGAUAGCUGGAGGCAUGCCAGACAUGGAAAGGGGUGGGCCUCUGCAGUUUGAGGAGAUUUCUUGGAGGAAUUUAGUGGGGAUCUAGGGGGCAGAGAGAGAUUUACGAAUUGAUAGGUGGUCGCGUUUUGUUUGGCCGCACAUCUUUGCGCCAGAGGACUCUGGAGCAUUGAGUUUCCUUCUCUUAAAGGAUUAGUCCUCACGAUGGCCACCAAGAGACUAAGGAGGGGUCGCUAUCCUGGCGACACACAGCUGGUGGCUUCACCCAGGAGCGCGUUCUUCGAGCAGAGCAGAGUUGUGGCGCACUGACCUCGGCCGCCUAGAACAGUCACUGGCUUUUAAAAGAGAUUUGCUUGGAGUACACAGAGUUUUCUCCUUUAUUUUUUAGUUCUGACUCUACUUUUGAAAAUUAAACCCGUCUUUUAUACAGCCGUUCAGCUCCCUUCGGGCUCCCAGGCUUCGCGAUGACGACCGAGAGCUCUCAGCAGCAGCUGGACCCGCCGGCUCCCAUCAGAUCCAGCCCCGCAUCCAGUGCCAUGCACUCGGCGCUUCAGAGCACGCAGCCCGCGGUGGAGAGCACAGCUGCGACCGGCACCAAGGGCAAGAAGUCCAACUCGGGCAUGAGACGACCCGAAAAACCGCCGUACUCCUAUAUCGCCCUCAUAGUCAUGGCUAUACAGAGCUCUCCGACCAAAAGGUUAACGCUGAGUGAAAUCUAUCAGUUCCUCCAAGCGCGUUUCCCGUUUUUCAGGGGUUCCUACCAAGGCUGGAAAAAUUCCGUCCGACACAAUUUGUCUCUCAACGAGUGCUUCAUCAAACUUCCCAAAGGCCUCGGGCGACCGGGCAAAGGCCACUACUGGACCAUCGACCCCGGGAGCGAGUUCAUGUUCGAGGAGGGCUCUUUCCGACGCAGGCCCCGUGGUUUCCGAAGGAAAUGCCAGGCUCUCAAACCGAUGUACCGCAUGAUGAACGGCAUCGGCUUCGGCGCUUCGAUGCUGCCCCAAAACUUCGACUUCCAGUCGCCCUCCGCGUCCCUGGCCUGCCACACCAACAGCUACAACCUGGACAUGAUGAGCAACCCUGUGCCCGGCGUUCACACGGGUUACGAUGGCCUCAGCACAGCAGGUCAUCAUGUCUCACACAUGUCGCCCAGCUCGGGCUCCACAUACAUGACGGCAUGCCAGGUCGCUCCCAACGGCGAGUACGGCCCGGAAAACAGCAACAGUCCGCUGCACUCUCCGCCGGCCAUGAGCGGCUCUCUGGAGUGUCACUCUCCGUACGGAGCCGCCUCGGCGCACUGGGCUUCAUCAGGUGUGUCUCCUUACAUUAAACAGCAGCCGCUGGCCUCCAGCAGCCCAAACUCCUCCGGAUUACACUCCAGCAUGCCCCCUUAUUCUCUGGAGCAGGGCUAUCUGCAUCACAACGGCCGAGAGUCGGCAGACAUCUCAGCAGGAAUGUCUCGAUACCAGUCCCACUCAUCGCCAGUCUGUGACAGAAAAGACUUUGUGCUGAACUUCAACGGUAUAACGUCGUUUCAUCCAUCCAGCAGUGGAUCCUACUAUCAUCAUCAGCUGCAUCACCAAGGAGUCUGUCAAGAUGUAAAGCCAUGCAUCAUGUAAUUUAAACCACGACAAGCAGAAAAUAAUAAUAAUAGUCUAAUAAUAAAGCCGAACGUACGGACUGAACUCGCACAUGACGAGAUUGCGUGCGUUUGAUGCACGGUCAUCUAUGAAGAAUAAACACAACCAAUGGAAGGCGUUCAUCUCUCCGUAUUACUGAGAGAAACUAUGAAGAAAGACACGAACUGAUCGGAACUGAGGACUCCACAGGGAAGGAGAGCGUUUGGGCUUUUUUUUUUUUGGAAAGAUCAUGACAUAUAUUUACUAUCUUGGAAAGACCUCGAAGCGUCUGCAAAUGAGGAGACGUGAUCUUUAACAAAGCUGUUUAUCCAGUCCAUAAUUAAUAGCCAAGUCUUUUGUUUGAUUUGACCACAUUUUCAGUGAGGAUGAGAGGGGAAAGGGCUCGGUGCCUGAGCAUUUCAAGCCGUAGUGAAAUUAAACCUGUUUUUUCUCGAUGCACUCAGAAACAUCGCGAGAUUCAGAAAUCUGAGCUCAGUCGCGUGGGAAUCGAUGCAUGUCACAAACCCACUUAAUUACUAAAUAUCUUAUUUGUCUAAACCUUAUGUGUGUUUCUUUUUGACGGCUCUUCAGUGAUUCCACCUCUUAUAUUUUCAGGGGUGAGUGUGUAGGUCUGGGGAUAAUUCAUGUGUUAAAGGAAAGAGGCCUACACAAAUACCGUAUUAGAAUAAUAAUGAUUGCACUUUUGUUAGUUUAACAAGUUGACAAAUUACAGUUAUGUACAGUACAAUAAAACGAUGUAUUCUCAAAAA